AUGAUAUCCGGCCUUGACGGUCUUACACGUCACCGGCCUUCUAAUCCCAUUACCCAAACAGAGACCAAGCAAGAAAACAUGUCACCCCCAGGGCCCUUGCCCUCGUCCUCGGGACAGGUGGUGCUGGGAGGCGACGCGAAGCUCCCAGCGCACUUGCUGGAGCUCUUAGAGGAAUGGCACAAAGAGCACCCAACAGAUCCAGCGCCUCCAUGCUACCACCGAAAAAACUCAGUCUCAAUGCAGGAGCUUCUUGCCACAACAAAGGUCUUCUCUCGCAAUUUUGAAGAACUGGAACCCUGUGUCGAGAUCACAGUGGAGAAACCCGUGCGCUAUAAAGCGCUGUGGCUGUCGGUUCCUGAUGGCGACAAGACCGGCGUGUUUGUGAAGAACUGGAGCUGGGGCAGACGGCGAACUUUUCUGAAAAAGUGGCGUGGAGGCUACGACUUUCAAGACGAGCCGAUCGCUGUGCGGCAGGGCAAGCUGCUCGAUGGCUCCUUUGGAGAAGCCCCGGACCAGGAGAUGUGGGAGACUGUUACCAAGCGAAGCCUGCAAAGCAUAACCGCACAAACGCCAGAAAGUUCUUCCAACGCAAAGCGCCGUCGGAUAGAGUCUGACGCUGAGCAAUCAACAAGUAGUGGCGAAGACAUUCCUGCUUCUUCUGGGCCAUCAAAGCAACUAAGACAGUCGAUCCAGAGUGCCUCAAGGCAAUCAAAGCAAUCAAGGCCAUCUGUUACCGCUACGGCAGAUGAAGACUCCGGUAGCAGCGUAUCUGGACUUGAUUCGCAAUCUGAUUCUGAAUCUAAUUCGGACGAGCCGCUCGCUGGAUCUAUAUCUCGUAAGGCCUCGAAAAUGCCCUCUUCAACCCAAUCAGGCAUACGGAGUUUGGUGAACGAAGCUACAGCCUCAAACCCACAGCCAAAUAACAACAACCCAACAAGACACACCCCUCGCCAAUCCAACAACAGCAAUACUCAAACCUCGACACGACCCCCGAGACAGUCCCACAUCGGCACUCUCACUCCAGUAACCGCCACAGACUCGGUAACAACUCCCACUGCCGAAAAUCGCAAUAGCCGAAGCGGCAUACGAUUCAAACUCAUCGUACCCCGAACAAAAAUGGUGCGCGAUCUGCGCGUCGAAGACGAUGAAGAUACCCCAGAGUAUCUAUUCAACCAGACGAAAGAUUUCUUUCGUCGCUACGAUCGAUUAAUCGGCACGCCGGUUUUGGAGUGUGUCGUUGACGGCGAGAUGGAGUGCCGAUGCAUCUACAAUGCCAAGGAGCUUGGCUACUUUCUAGAAGAGCUUCGCGAGCGAGGAGGACCUAUCAAGGUGACGAUCACGCAAACUGCUUGA